GCUCCUUGUAAUUUUCUAGUCCCGAAGUUCAUUUCUCCGCCACGGCCAGCUGCGGUGCAAGUUAAGCCAAACUUGCUUCAAAGGCUCACCCGAAAGCUACCACGUCUCAUUAACGCGUCGCGUGUGUAACACCGAAUUUAUUAUUUAUACGGACGGCCCUAUGACGGCCAAUCGCCCACCCCCGUGUUAAAACCGAACAGUUCCUUCCCACUUUUUCCCUCGCUCCUCCCCACAAAGAGUUCUUACAGGGCGUAGCAUUCUCGCUCACCCCCUCCACUCAUCCGCAUUCAUCUUUCUUAUCUUGUACCAUUCGGAUCUACAGAGCGGAACGCCAUGGCAGGGCUCGCUGCGCUUCUCUGCUUCAUUUGGAUCCCCAUCUCCGCCCUAGCCGACGAUCCCUACCGCUUCUUCGACUGGAAUGUCACCUACGGCGACAUUUACCCUCUCGGAAUUAAGCAGCAGGGAAUACUAAUCAAUGGGCAGUUUCCUGGCCCGGACGUGUUCUCGGUUACUAACGAUAAUCUGAUCAUAAACGUGCACAAUAGCUUGCCGGAGCCCUUUCUAAUCUCAUGGAACGGGGUGCAGCAACGGAGGAACUCAUUCGAGGACGGCGUGUACGGCACGACAUGUCCGAUCCCGCCGGGCAAAAACUUCACCUACAUUCUGCAAGUGAAGGAUCAGAUCGGCAGUUUCUUCUACUUCCCAUCGCUGGCUUUCCACAGAGCCGCCGGCGGCUUCGGCGGAAUCCGCAUUCUCAGCCGCCCCCUCAUCCCCGUCCCCUUCGACGAACCCGCCGGCGACUUCACAGUCCUCAUCGGCGACUGGUACAAGGCUAACCACACAAAUUUGAAGGCUAAACUAGAUUUUGGCAAGAGGCUCCCUUUCCCGGACGGCAUUCUCAUCAAUGGUCGUGGUCCCAACGGGCACACCAUCACAGUUGAUCAAGGCAAAACGUAUCGUCUUAGGAUAUCGAACGUGGGGCUAGAGCACUCCCUCAACUUCCGCAUCGAUGGCCACAAACUGAUCCUCGUCGAAGUGGAGGGGACCCACACCCUUCAAACCACUUACACCUCCAUUGACGUCCACCAGGGCCAGUCCGUAUCCGUUUUGGUCACCGCCGACCAGCCCCCCAAGGACUACUACAUCGCCGUCUCCACCCGCUUCACCACCACCGUCCUCACCUCCACCGCCGUCCUCCACUACUCCAACUCCAACCAGCCUGUUUCCGGCCCGCCGCCCUCCGGGCCGACGAUUCAAAUUGACUGGUCUCUCAACCAGGCCCGCUCCAUCCGGACAAAUUUGACAGCGAGCGGGCCGAGGCCGAACCCGCAGGGUUCAUAUCACUAUGGGCUGAUCAACACCACCCGGACCAUCCGGCUCGCCAGCUCGGCCGGGUUGGUGAACGGCAAGCAGCGCUAUGCGGUGAACAGCGUGUCCUUCAUCCCCGCCGAUACGCCACUGAAGAUCGCCGAUUACUUUAACAUUUCCGGCGUAUUUCGGAUUGGCAGUAUUGCCGAUAGCCCCACAGGCCAGGGCAUUUAUCUCGACACUUCCGUUUUGCCUGCUGAUUACCGUGCCUUCAUCGAGAUCGUAUUCGAGAACCAUGAGAGAAUUGUGCAGACCUGGCAUAUCGAUGGCUACUCUUUCUGGGUUGUUGGAAUGGAUGGAGGGACAUGGAGCGCUGCGAGCCGCAACGAGUAUAACCUGAGGGACGCAGUAUCGCGUUGCACAACGCAGGUGUAUCCAAAAUCAUGGACGGCGAUCUAUGUCGCCUUAGAUAACAAAGGGAUGUGGAAUGUGAGGACAGAAUUCUGGGCUCGUCAGUACCUUGGCCAACAAUUUUACCUGAGGGUCUAUUCUCCAGUUCAAUCCAUCAGGGAUGAGUUUCCUAUUCCGAAGAAUGCGCUCCUCUGCGGCAGGGCAGCUGGCCGCCGCACUCGCCCACUUUAAGGCUUCGUUUGUGACAGCUUUCUUACUGAAGCAACUUUUUAGUACAAAAGUUAAAAAUAUUGUACAAAAAAGUUACUUUAAAAAAUAGUAAAAAAGCCGGCCCAAACAAAUCUUAUGCCUCUCAAGAUAAGCUUGGAGAAAGGUGGAUCAUGUAAUAUUUAUGUUGGUGUCUUUUUUUUUUUUUUUUUUUU